UUUGAAGCCAACUCUCACUGUCGUCGCGGAAAGCUUUGUCCCAACGAACGACGAGCGUGCAAUCCAUCCUGACGUUGUCGACUUGAUCUGCUGCCCAUAUUUGUUCUCGAUCGCAACCAGCUCCGCGCCGCGCAACGAGGCACCAGCCCGAAGAACCCGUCCGAGUGGCGGUCCGCGAAUACUCAGCCCGAUCUCGUUCGACUUCCGCGUAGCAAACCGCCUGUCAAACCACCACCUCCACAUGUGUGCUGCAACUCAACGGCCUGAUUUCCAAGGUCAUGCCCUUGAGCCACUGAAAAAUGCAUGUUCAAGUGAUAGCGAGCCAUCAACAUCUAACAUCCACAAUGACAGUGGCGACGAAACACGAACACCGACGCCUCCGCCGAUGCCCUUCUCGCAGCACCCUCAAGCAAUAUUUGACGAUGGAACGCAGGACGCUGCCGCGCUGCUGACCACCACUCACGGCAUCAAGAUUCGUGACUUCGCGUACGACAACACCUUGCCGCCCGUAACCACCGUCCCCCGUUUCUCGGUCCAGGUCCAGCCACGCCCGCGAAUUCUCCAGCGUGCGCGCGACAUGAUCGCAAGCACAGGCCGCGACGAUGGCGAAGAGAGCGACGAGGAGGACCCAAGCUUUCAGCGCACGUUCUACAUCGACUCAUCCGGGACCGGCACGAGCCACACAUCCCGCUACCGCAAGAAGGGUACGCUCGCGCGGACGCUGACAGAGCCCGCCGACGAGCAGCCCCUGCCGUCACAGGGUUUCAACACGCGUCCAUUCAUCUUUCCACAGCCUUCGUACGCUAUGCGGCAGCCAUCGCCUCCCAGGCCCCGACCAGGAGGCGCACAAUUCCCGACGACCCCAAACAAGUCAGGACGUCGUUCCCCCCAGGGCGAGCUCAGCCCUAUCAACACGUUCCCCCAAUCCCAGCCGAGCAUACAGGGAGAGUCGCAGGAGUCAGAGCCAUAUAUCGACACGCCGCUCGUCACACCAAACGGGUCACUGCAAUGGCCCGUCCAGGACACCAGCGCCUUGCCAUCUUCCCAUCUCGAGUCAGUUCUGCCUCAACUAGCUGACCCGGACGUCACGAUGUCACAACUCGGGUUCACCCCCGAACGCUCGCAGCGGCCCCGUGUCUCCCCUGUCGCAUCUCCUCCGCGCCGGCAGCUCCGGAACCCCCACCUCCCGCCUCCAGCAGAGUUCCGCACACGCACACCUACACCUGCGAAGUCUCGCCCGUCUUCAGGUUCUCCUGAUGCACCUGUCACACGUUCAAGGGCGGCGUGCCCGGCGCCGCUGCAGGACGCGCCAGCGCCGCGCUACUAUCUACGCCAGCGGCCACAGGACGGAAGAUCCGCUGCGCCCGCCACGUCGCGGGGUACGAGUCGCACGAGGACGUCGGGUCAUAUCGCCCAGCAAGCUCAGAAGCCCCCGUCUAAGAAGCGGAAACUCACACCUCCGGAGCCGGCAACCAAACCGACGCGCGGUCGGCGAUGGAACGGCGACAUCAAGGAGAACAGGUAGCUGUGGCCAUUGCGGUCAUCAGCAAUCUGCUACAAGUUGACAGCAGCGGGCGAACCAACUGCCCUGCCAGCAUUGCGUCAAUCCUCCGACUACCCCUCAUCUGCGAAUCAGUGACAUCCUGUUUUCUGACCCAUGAACAAUCCGAAUGGACGGGACUGGAGGGUUACUAUCUAUCUUAUUCGAGUAUAUCCAUCUGUCGAGUCUGUGUAUUCACUGAUCCAUCACCCGAGCUGUCUGUUGUCCGCUGUCAUGUCAAAUUGUCGUUGUCUGAUGUAUUCUACCAAGUGUACCCGUUCCGCAUUCUCUCACAAGCACGUACUGCGCCUUUACCCACCAUACAUUGCUAGCGGAUACCUACCUGUAGCAGUAUCGACUACCAUUUUAUGACCGUUACCUUGGCCACAUCUCCUGGCCUUACAAUGAUAAAUGACC